AUGCAGAUUAGGGAAUAAAACACAUAACAAGAUUAUUUUUAUUAUCUAUUAUAAAAUUAAAAGAACUCUCUAUUAUAUUUGAAUUCUGAUAAUGAAUUAUUUUCAUUUAAUUAAGAGAUUGAAGUUUAUAAAAUUAGUUAUCCAUUCUUAGAAAUCAACUUAACUACUAAUGAAAAUGUAGAAUAAAAUCAUCCUUUUUAACUUAUAUGUCUAAGUGAGGGAUAACAACAACGCAUUUACAAUUACUAUAAUUUUUUUCUUUAAGUAUUACCUUAGAAUGAUACAAAUAUAUAGAUAAUGUUUAAUUAAGAUUUCCAGUAGUAUUAAACUUUAUUUAACUAUUAUUCAUACACUUAAUUUAAUAGUUUUUCAGGACAAUUAUUAAAUUAUAGGCCAAACUACAAUGAAACUUAUUUAAAUUUUUAAUUUUUAACUUUUUCCAAAGUUGGUGAAAUACUUUAGAUUUAUUAAUUGGUAUAAUUACUUUCAAUAAUUUAAACUUAACAAUAAUAUCUAAUAGGAUAUGGUAAUAAUACACUUAAUCUAUUACUUUGCAAUUAAAAGAACAGUACUCAAUUGUAAUAUUGCUAAACACUAGACUCAAUUUCGUUCUCUCAAAAUGUCAGUUCUUUAUAAGUUGCUUUUAGUUUAUAUCCUCCCAAAAUUCUUAUUGGACUCAGUUCUAAUGAUACAAUUUAUUUAUUUUAAUACUAGAAUAAUUCUAACUCUUCAAUGACAUAAUCAAAUUAUACCUUUGAAUAAUAAUUCUCAGAUUUUGUAUUAACAUAUAAUAGUAUUAUAGUUCUAAUUUAACAUCAAGAAAUUCAAAUCUUAGCAUUUAAUAAUCAAAAUAACUAUACUUUAAAUUAAUAGUCAAUAAAUAAAUUGUUUAAUAGCAUUCAGUUCAAUCCUCUAUAAAUUAUUGUGAAUUCUUAAUUCUAAUCUUCUUUUUUAUACAUCAAUAAUGUUAAUGAUGUCAUCAUAAUAUCUAUUGAUUAGAAUAGCUUACCAAUACCAAUUACAACUAUUGGUGUCAAUUUCACAAUAGAAUUAAUAAAUUUAGUAAGCUAAUAAUUGAUAUUAUCAUUAAUCUGUAAUAAUCAACAAAAUAUUUGCUUCUAAAUUUGGAAUGUGUAAUAAUUGCCAAAAUACUAUUAUGUAAAGAAUCUACCUAGUGUAAAUUUUGAUAAUAACAUAAUAAUCUAAUCUGAUAACUUAUUCUUCUAUGUUACUUUUAGCAAUCAAACUGUUUAUGUUUAUAAUCCUCAAUUAUCAUAUCAUAUGAGUUUAUAUUAUGUUUUAUAAUUAAAUUCAUCCAUUUAAGGUAGCUAAUAUUUGGGUUUACAAAAAAAUAGCCAAAUUGAAAUGUCGUUGAUAAUUUCUAACAAUAGUUUAUUUAUACUUAGUGAUAUAUAAGUUGUAAAUCUAACUAUUUAAUAGUAAAUAUAAACCUUUAACAAUUCAAUAAGUUACCCAUAAUUUAUUUAUAACUAUACUAUAACUUCAUAGUUAAAUGACACAGCCUUCUAGUAAACUCCAAAUUAAAGUAUGGCUUUAUAUUCAAAUUUCACAGUAUUAUAAAAUUUAACAAAUAUAUCAGUGAGUAUAACUUCAGAGAAUAUAAUCCCUGAGUCUAAAAAUUUCACAUUUCCAAUGAAUCUAAUUCUUGAUAGACAAAUAGGAUAAUGUUAUCUAAAUAACAGCUAUGAUUAAAACAAAUUUUGCCAGCUAACUUAAAUUUCUCAUUAAUAUUAUAACAUUUCUAAUAUUCAAAAUUAUUCCUUAAUUACUUCAAUAAAUAACGAAAUUUUUGCUUUACAGAAUAUCUCUUACAUUUAAACUGUAAAUAGUGAUUUAACUCCUUAAUUUAGUCUUGAUUAUUCAUAUCUAAAUUUGAGUGUUUGUGAUUAAUCAACAUCAUCUAAUUACACGUUAUAUUCAAUUUGUUAUAAUGAUACUUAAUUUUAUUUACUUAAUUUUACACUUAGUUAGUAAGGCAAUAUAACAAAUCUAAAUAUUAUUAAAAUGCCUUAAAACUUUACAUCAUUUUAUUAAAUGAGUAGCAUUUUAAAUUAAUUUUUUAUUGUAGGUUAAGAAGACUCAAAAAUUAUGUAUUUGUAUUGGCUUAACUAAUCCAGCAACACCUUCUAAAAUAUAUCCAAUGGAUGUCAAGGUUUUUCUAUUAAAUAACUAAAAUAAAACACUUUCGAAGAUAUUUAAUCGUAAUAAAUACUUAUAUAUUAUGUUUAUAUGUCAUAAGUGAAUUAUACGAUAAUGACAAUUGAUGAUUAAGGAAUUAAAUUACAAAAUUCUGUUACUGUUUAAUUGUAUUAUUGCAAUCAAUAAUCAAUUUGCUUUAAAGAUAAUUAACAACAGUAUUUCGGCAUUUUAAUAAUUGAAAUAGAAUUAAACAGCGUAAUAAUACUUGUAAGUAAUAUUAAUUUUAGUUGCAUUGUUAUUACAAGAAUUAUUAAAUCCAAAUUUAAGAAUCAAAAUACUUAAGUAGGCAGAAUCUAUAGAACUAUUCCAAAAUAUGGUCCUUAUCGUAAUACUCUUAAUUCUUUUUAUUAAAAUGGGGUUUUAAUGCAACAAUUUAGUAGCAAAAAUCUAUAUUAUUUUAAUAUAGGAGUUUAUUAUUUGAAUAAUCUUUUAGAUGAAAAUUUGCUAGAGCCCAUUCUAAUGUAAGGUUUAAUCUAUUCAAAAAACUCUUAUGCAAUGGUUGUAAAUUAAGAAUAGCAAAGUGUUACAACAGUUUAUAUUUAUAACAAUUUUAUCUAUAGUUACACUUUUAGUACAAGCUGGAAUGUAUCUUGCCUACUUUAUAGCGACAUCAUAUAUGUUCCAAUAUUUUGUUAGAACAAUUUUUCAAAUGGUACUUAUUUGGUUACAUUUAAUCUGCCUCCGCAUUUUCGAAUAAACUUUGGUCCAUCAGAGUAUAGCCUUUUGGCCAUCAUUUUUUUACUGCUUCUGUAUUUUUACAUUAGAUUUACAUAAAGGACAAAAACCUUGGAAGAUAUUAAUUCUGAAAUUGAAUUAUGA